AUGAAGAACACCCUCAUCGUCGCAGCCGCUGCGCUGCUCGGUGGUGCUAAUGCCGGCAUGCACCGUAUGAAGCUCCAGAAGGUGCCCUUGGAGCAACAACUGAGCGCUGCAAACAUCGGUGACCACUUGCGAGCCCUCCGUCACAAGUACACUCAGAAGACGUUGGGAGGUCCGUCCGAGGACAUCUUCCGGCAUACUUCCAUCGACAUUGACGGCCCUCACGAUGUCCCCGUGGAGAACUUCUUGAACGCGCAAUACUUCAGUACCAUCGCUCUUGGGACACCACCGCAGGAGUUCAAGGUGGUCCUUGAUACCGGCAGCUCCAACCUUUGGGUCCCUAGUUCCUCCUGCGGCUCGAUUGCAUGCUACCUCCACCAAAAGUAUGAUUCGUCUGAAUCAUCAACCUACAAGAAGAAUGGCUCCGAGUUCGGUAUUCGAUACGGCUCUGGCGAGGUGGCUGGUUUCAUCUCUCAAGAUAUCCUGCGUAUUGGAGAUCUCACGAUCAAGGACCAGCUCUUCGGAGAGGCUACCAGCGAGCCAGGAUUGGCAUUCGCCUUCGGACGAUUCGAUGGAAUCCUUGGCUUGGGCUACGAUUCUAUCUCUGUCAACCACAUUCCGCCGCCGUUCUACAACAUGAUCGACCAGAAGCUCAUAGAUGAACCUGUCUUCGCCUUCUACCUCGGUAACACCAACGACGGCGCCGAGUCUGAGGCAACCUUUGGUGGAGUGGACAAGGACCACUACACUGGCAAGAUGAUCAAGAUUCCCCUUCGCCGUAAGGCUUACUGGGAAGUCAACCUGGAUUCCAUCACCUUUGGCAAGGCGACUGCUGAUCUCGACAACACUGGUGUCAUCCUUGAUACUGGAACUUCAUUGAUUGCUCUUCCAUCCACUCUGGCUGAAUUGCUCAACAAGGAGAUUGGUGCCAAGAAGGGAUUCAACGGCCAAUACACCGUCGAGUGUGAUAAGCGCGAUUCUCUCCCGGACGUCAGCUUCACCCUCAGCGGAUACAACUUUUCCAUCACCGCUUACGACUAUAUCCUCGAGGUUCAAGGCUCCUGCAUCAGCAGCUUCAUGGGCAUGGAUUUCCCGGCCCCUACUGGUCCUUUGGCCAUUCUCGGUGACAGCUUCUUGCGGAAGUGGUACAGCGUCUAUGACCUCGGCAACGAUGCAGUUGCUCUUGCCCGUGCCAAGUGA